AUGGCCAUUCCAGAGGAGAAAGACCCCCCUGGAGUCUCAGCACUGGAUUUUCUCACACGGGGCAAGUCGAUCCCCGUCGUUGCACCCCCCGUUGCCUCGUGCUCAACCCGGGUUAUACCAGCGGACAACGCCUCACCAGACACUGUGGCCGAAGAAAAUGUGGACGACAGCAUGCCAAAGGCUACCACGCCCACGUCGACGAGUAUACCAGCAUCUGGCGGUGAAUCGAUCCGGCCCGUUGUUUCUGUUGCAACAACCACCAAUCUACGGGCUAACCCUGUGCUGCCUGACAGGGCUUCUGUGAAAGCUCAAUACAAGCAGCGGCGGCUUAACUUUUCCCGUCCCGCAGGUCCGACAUUGCCCGCGCCAUCGGAGACGGUCACGCGCGCGACUCGUCAAUCCACCGACGACGAUGACGAAGCCGAGGAGAAGGGCAAUACUAAGGGACGUCGGCCGCUGACUGUGGAAGAGCUGCAGCUCAAGUGUAAGGAGCAGUGGCUUCGCUACUUCCCGUGGCUCUUCAUCAGUGAGACGAAGGACGGGCGACCUUGCAUGCGCUGCAGCGUCUGUAUGGUGUUCGGGGACCCGCACUACAAGUACGGCCGUUAUGGUGAGGGCGGCCUCGACAUUCAGAAGCAGACGAUGCGCAAGCAUCAUUUCAGCGUGAAGCACGAGGCGGCGGUCCUGCUGAAGGAACAACGUGAUGGCCUGAAGAAAGGGCAGCAGUCCAUCGUCGCUUACGACAAGGGGGACGACGACGCCAGGCGAAUUGCUAGAUUAAUGGCAAUCGCAUUAUUCGUCUGCAAAUCUGACGCCCCUAUUGUGCUGUUCGUUGCUCUUGUGCAAUUCAUGGCUGAGCAGGGCACGCCGGACAUGCCCUUGAAGGAGAAUGGCACCUAUUACAGCGAGGAGGCGCUGGCAGCUAAAGAUGCAGCAGCCGCGUACCCGGACCUUCAAAUUGUGGACAAGGCUGUCCGGUCCGUGGUCGACAUUCUCGGGCGCCUCGUGGUUCACACGCGAUUCAAGGAGCUCCAAGAGCGACUCGUCGCGGUGUUCCCUGCUGUUGUGAUCGUCCUGAAGGAAUUCGACAAGAAGAUGUAUAAGACAGUGACGAGUUUCAAAUUUCACUUCUUACUCUACUUGCUGGCCGAUGUGCUGAAGGAGCUGAACCUGCUCAACUUGAAGUUCCAGCAACGACAGAUUGACGCCACCCAUGUGCUGCAGACGGUACACAACACAAUACAUCUGUUGCGGACUCGUUACCUCGACAGUAACGACGAGACGUUCGGGCAAGGCGGCGCGGCGCUGGGGCCAUUCCUGGCGAAACAUGCUUCGGAGGAGUCCCGGGAGGUGAAGGUCGAUGGCCCAGAUUCCACCGGAGCGCCGACAACUCACUGCUACUUGCUGCACGAAGAGGCUAUCGUGGGGCAGAAUAGCAAAGGCAACCUCAGCGCCUGCUUGAAGCUCGGGCGGGAGUUCGUGGUUGAGCUGAUUAAGCAGCUCGACUACCGACUGGAGGAUCUCGCGUCGCUCAAUGGGGCGAAGCUGUUCAAGAAGUCCCAGUACCCGAAGUCCCCGGCAAAGCGCGAUCGGCGGUUGGCGCAGUGGCUGCAGUCUCUGCGCGACAUGUACAAGAAGCAUCCCGACGAUCCUGACACUCUGCCAGGUGUGUUAAGCCUUUUGUCGUGA